UUGGGACACGGGACCGGAAGUUGGACCUUGGCUUGUAGCUUGGCUGGGAGAAUCCGCGUGACAGAAGAUUGUUUUUCCCACAUUAAACAUAUGCCCAGCCUUCAUGAAAGCUGACAGAGAACUGAAGCGCCUCUUUGUGGGCGGCCUCAGCCACAACAUUUCUGAGGGAGACCUACAACAGCAGUUUGGCAGAUUUGGAGAAGUUUCUGAUGUGGAGAUCAUUACACGGAACGAUGACCAAGGAAAUCCACAGAAAGUCUUUGCAUAUAUCAACAUCAAAGCAGCAGAAGCAGACCUGAAAAAAUGUAUGUCUGUCUUAAAUAAAACCAAAUGGAAAGGUGGAACACUGCAAAUUCAACUGGCAAAAGAAAGUUUUUUGCACAGAUUGGCCCAAGAGAGAGAAGAAGCAAAAGCCAAAAAAGAAAAAUCAGCAGUAGUCAGCAGUGACUUGCUAGAAAAGAGAGCAGCUAUAAAUAUCCAAAUGAAAGCAGUCCCAGGAACAGAAGUACCAGGUCACAAAGAUUGGGUUGUGAGUAAAUUUGGAAGAGUCUUACCUAUCCUUCACCUAAAGAAUCAACAAAAACGUAAAAUCAUCAAAUAUGAUCCAUCAAAAUACUGCCACAAUUUAAAGAAGAUAGGGGAAGAUUUCACAUGUACUGUACCAAUAUCCAACCUCACUUGGAAAUUGGAAGGAGGAGAUGAUCCUAUGAGUAAAAAGCGACGAGGAGAGUUUUCUGACUUUCACAGUCCUCCCAAGAAGCUAAUAAAAACACGAAAGGAUGAAAGUCCCACUGGUUUUCCAACUAUGAGACAAAGACCCAGUUUGGCAACGAAAAGUUCACAUUUUACACAGCAAGAGACCACACAGAAAAUACUCUCUGGCUCUGUGAAUUUUUCUAAAUCACCCCAUGCCCCUGAUUCUAAUUCUCAAAAACCAAAAAAUUUACUUCUUCAUUCUUGCUUGGAAACUACUGGGAACAGAAAUAGCAUGUUUGAUAAUGAAAAUGAUUCUGAAGAUGAAUUAAGACUGUUGAUUGCAAGAGAGGAAAACUUAGCAAGAGCUAUGAAGUUUUCUGCAAAUGAAUCUGAAAAUGAUUCCUUUGAAGUUGUAAGGCAUGAUUUCAAGUCAGAUAUUCAUAACCGUGAUUCUUUCACAGGUGUAGGCCUCAGACAUGAUGAUAGUGAUGACGGUAAGGUAAGUGAUUGUGGCUAUGAUUCAGGUGAUACAGAUGAAAUCAUUGCAAUGAAAAAAAAUGCUGGCAAGGUUCAAAGUGAUAAAGAAUUUUCACAAAGGGAAAAUUUUUGUAAGAAAAAUUAUUCAAAAGAGUGUGGGCUUUCUGAUCACCAUAAUAAAGUUCAAAAAAGAAGCAACAACAUAGAGUGGGCCGUCAAUCAAGAAACUAAGCUUCCUGGUUGUAAAUCUCCAUCCAACUACAGUAGCAGUGAUGAUGCUGAUUCUAAAUCUGAGUCAGAAGAAUCUGCAGAUGAGGAAUAUGAUGCCAUGAUGAGAAACUGUCCUCAGUUGACUCUCACUUUGGCUGAUUUGGAAAAAUUGGCUGACAGGAACUCAGAACCUCCAGUAGAAGAUACUCAGGGCAAUGUCCAGGAAACUACCACUAUACAUAAGGACUCCAAAAGUCCACGGCCUCCCAGUAGUGUCCGUGGCAGAAGUCAACAGUGUAUUCAUCCUGAGGAAAUUGUGGCUUCUCUUUUAGAGGAAGAGAAUACCUGUGCAGUUCCAAAACCAAAGGAAAACAAAUUAAAGCCCAAAUUCAAGGCUUUCAGGGGAAUAGGCUGUCUCUAUGAAGAGCAGUCAGUGAAUAAAUCCUUAAAAGAGAAUGUUGCCACUAACAGUAUUAAUAAAGAUCAGAAUUCCUUGAAACUUAAAGAUUCCAGUGAUAUAUCCAUGGAAAAAGUAUCCUCUUAUGCUAAUGACUCAUCAAGCAAUCAAAUUCCUGCCCAACAUACAAAGAAGGCAAAUGAUCGAGACCAUAUUCAGCCUCUAAAGAGACAGUCCACUUCUCAGAGCCAGGAUCUUAAGGUGGAGUCCCCUAGCAUUUCAGGAAAGGGAACAAAAAGUUCUGCUUCUAGUCCAUUACCACUGACCAAUAAGAAAUCUUUAAGUUCUGAUGCAAAGACUCUUAGGCCAGAUUUUGAUAAAGGCCAGAGGUCCACAAAAGUAGGCAACUGUGCAGGAAAGAUGCAUUCUUUAAACAACUGCACAGCACCUGAGAAGUCACUUGUGUUCUCCAAGAGAGAUACUCAGGAAUGCAAGACUGAUUCCUUUCUUUCUGCUAAUAGCUCACUAAGUGUUAAUACCAAGCAUAAGCAAGCUGAAGAUAACCAGAAGCGCUUGGCAGCCUUGGAGGCAAGGCAGAAAGCAAAAGAAGAACAGAAGAAGCUGGUUCAUGAUGCCCUGACAAAUUUGGAUGGUCAUUCAGAGGCCAAGCCAAGCCACAUCAUCUUUGAUUCUGACUGUGAAAGUGAGACAGAGGCCCCAGACCCCCACCAGCAGACCCAUAUGGACGAGGAGCCAGUGAAAGUGGCAAUUGGUAAAGCUUCAGGAAAGCUGUUUGAGAGCAGCGAUGAUGAGUCUGGCUCGGAUGAUGAGGAGAGGUUCCGAAUUAAACCUCAGUUUGAGGGCAGAGCCGGACAGAAGCUCAUGAAUUUGCAGUCUCACUUUGGCACUGAUGAGCGAUUUCGCCUAGACUCCCGAUUUCUUGAAAGUGAAAGUGAAGAGGAACAGGAAGAAGUAGAUGAAAGGAAAUCCGCUGAGGAAGAAGAGCUUACUGCAGAAAAAAUGAAAACCCUGAAUGUUGUGCAGAGUGUCUUGCGCAUCAACCCAAACAAUUCUACGAGCAGAGGCUCAGUGACUGCUAAGAAAUUUAAGGACGUCAUACAUUAUGAUCCAACGAGACAUGACCAUGCCACUUAUGAACGAAAGACAGAUGAUAAACCAAAAGAAAGUAAAGCAAAACGAAAGAAGAAAAGGGAAGAAGCUGAAAAACUACCUGAAGUAUCUAAAGAAAUGUAUUAUAAUAUUGCUACGGAUCUAAAAGAAAUAUUCCAAACUGCAAAAGAUACCAGUGAGAAUGAAGACGACUUACCCUGGAAGGAAGGCUCUGAUGGAGAGACAGCGGAGGCAGGCCAGGACCCUGCAGUGUGGACAAGCAAGACAGAGCAGCCAAGUGGGUUUACAUUCUCCUUCUUUGAUUCAGAUACUACUGAUCUAAAAGAAGAGGCAUACAGAAUUGAAACAGUGAAACCUGCGAAAAUGGCCUGGCAGGCAGCCUCUGGGUUUCAAGACAGCAGCAGUUCAGAAGAGGAGGAUGUGAUGGAGGAUGCUGAUGACAAGAAGCCCAGCCCUGUAGAAAUGUCAGUACCUGAGAAAGAAACCACAAGAUAUUUUUUUUUCUCCAAAACUGAUGAACGACUUCAGGGAUCUGACUUAUUCUGGAGAGGAGUGGGAAAUAAUGUUAGUAAAACUUCUUGGGAGGCCAGAACGAACAGCUUACAUAUGGAUUGUCGGAAGAAACAUAAAGAUGCCAAGAGGAGAAUGAAAACCAACUAAUUUCAUUGAUUUUGAUGCUGAAUUGUAAACUGGUUUCACCUAUACAAAUUGGUGAUUCAGAAAAUUAUACCUGACAAAGGAAUUAAGAGUGAAGGAAUAAUCAAAAUUUGGCCAGCAGAUUUCAGCCACAUUGCUCUUUUCUAUAGAUUUUCUUUGUACAUCUUUCUAAGUAAUUACUUCAGAAAAAUUAACCUGAGCUUUGAAAAGAGUUAAACACAAGGUAGUCCCUCAGAAUCAUUUUUAUAUGUAAAUAUAUGCCCUCCCACCUCUGAAACAGUAGACAUCUCCUAUGGAAGAUUACAUCAUGCCAUUCUGUGUGUAUAGAUAAAAACGCUUGUGUUUUCUAAAUUACUUUGUAUGUCUUAUAGACUUCCUGAACUAUUUAUUUUCACUAGUAUGAAAUAUAAUGAAAGGUCAAAUUAAGGACAAGUUUGAGUUCAGUACUUGUUUGAAAUUGAUUAAAAUACAGACGUUUUAUUUUUA